AUGAAGCGUUCAUCUUCAUCCCUUGAUCAACAAUUAACUAACAAUGAUGAUAAAAUACAUCAAGAGUCUUAUGCAAAAAUGGUUCGACGUUCGUCAUCUCGAUCGGAAUUUAAUAACGAAGAAAAAAAUCAAUAUAAUAAACAAACAACAGCAGUGGAUCAGCGCGUUGAAGACAAGACUUCUGACUGGUUACCUCGUUAUUCCUUGAUUCUCGGUUCAUUUUCUGAACCUCCAACAUAUGUUAUACAUUUUCUUGAUUCACAUUUAACAUUUUUACAAAGUUUUCAAAUUUGUUCAUUGUUUGGUCGUGUUCGUAUUCAUGGAUAUACUCUUCAUCCAUUAACAUUUUAUUCUGUCUAUAAUUAUCGUACCAAUAGUCCAGUUUCAAUUGAAUUUAUUAAUUCGGAAACAGCAAUACCUUUACUAGAUAUAAAAUCUCUUAUUAGUGAUAUUCAAUUAGCUGACAAUGCUCUAUUGAAUGUAGAACAAAAAGGUGGUGAUAUACUUUUAAUACGAAAAGAAUCAAAUAAUGAUUCAUUAUUUAUCAAAACUAUGCGAGAACAUCAAUUUUAUAAAAAUUGGUUUUCAGAAAAUUAUAAUUUAUUUGAACGAGAUAACUGGAAACAAUUAGAACAAAAUCUUCAUAUUCGUUUAAUUGAAACAACAGAUCAAAUUGCUGUUAUUCCUCGUAAAGAAUUUGUUUCAACUGCUGAUCAUAUUAUUAAUCGAUGGUUAAAUGUAGCUGUCGAAGAUUCUCCAUUUAUAGUUUUGAUUUGUGGUGAAAAAGAUAUGGGCAAAUCAACAUUUAUUCGUUAUCUUACUAAUCGUGCUCUUGAUCAUAUCAGUUCAACAUUUAGUUUAACAUAUUUUGAUUGUGAUAUAGGUCAAUGUGAAUUUAGUAUAGGUGGAUGUUUAUCAUAUGUUAAUCUUGAUUCACCAUUAUUAGGCCCACCUUGUUCUCAUAUAAAAUCAAAUCCAAAACCUGAUCGUCUUCUUUAUUAUGGUCUUCUUUCACCACAAACAUCACCUGUACGUUAUUUACAAUAUAUUAAUAAAUUAAGACAAAUAUGGAAUAUAGAUCAAAAGAAUGGAAAUCAAAAACGAUCUAUGAUAUUAAUCAAUACAAUGGGCUGGGGAACCGGCCUUGGCCUUGAAAUACUUAAAGAAACAAUAUGUAUGUGUUGUCCAAAGGUUGUCAUUCAAUUAGGAGAUAAUAUGAUUUCAUCUCAAAAUCGAAAUAAAAUGCCUGACUUGACACUUGAAUGGUUAUUACAACAAUCAGUUUAUGUGCCAUAUCGACAGCAAAUACAAAUGAAUAAUAGACGACAACAAGAUUAUGAUGGACAAUUAAAUUAUGAAUAUAUCAAAAUGCAAUCAGCAGCAGUAUCAAAUAGACUUGAGAGUAAUACAUCAAAAUUACGUGCGCGUGAUCAUCGUCUUCUUGCAACUUGGUCUUAUUUUUUCUCUUCAUCAAAUCUUUCAUAUAUUCAUCUACCAUGGUCACAACUUGUUCAUGUAUCUCUGCUUGAUAAUAAAAAUAAAAAUUCGAUUGUAAUACCUGAUAGUCUUGAACGUUCGAUGGUUGCAUUAUGUUCAAGUGAAAAAAUUGAUCAAUUACGGAAUUCGGCAGUUUCUAUAAAUGAAACAUUUCAGUUAUUGAAUUAUCAAGAUGAAAUCUUUGAAUGUUUGGGUUUUGCUUGGAUCGAACAUUGUAACAAAGAAACAAGAAAUUAUGAAAUCUAUACUCCGGUCAAUUGUCUUACUAAUAUUAACCUUCUUGUUAUCGGUGCAUUUGAUAUACCCGAUGAGUUUCAAUACAUGUUCAGUCGUGUAAAUUUAUAA